AGAUAUUGCAUGUGUGGUACGUCGUGUCCGGUGGAGGUCACAGACAUCUGAAAGGACUGAGGUUGCUGUCAUGGCCAAGUUAUUUGAGUCAAUCGGAAAGUUGGGCCUUGCCCUGGCCAUCGGUGGAGGUGUUGUCAACUCUGCCCUUUUUAAUGUCGAUGCAGGGCACCGGGCCGUGAUAUUCGACCGGUUCCGAGGCGUACAGGAUGCUGUUGUUGGCGAAGGGACCCACUUCCUCAUUCCCUGGGUUCAGAAACCUAUUGUCUUUGAUUGCCGCUCCCGUCCACGCAACGUCCCUGUAAUCACAGGCAGCAAAGACCUGCAGAAUGUCAACAUCACAUUGCGUAUCCUCUUCCGGCCGGUGACGACUCAGCUGCCACGUAUUUUCACCAGUAUCGGAGAGGACUAUGAUGAGAGGGUGCUACCGUCCAUCACCACAGAGGUCUUAAAGGCUGUAGUGGCUAGGUUUGAUGCCGGCGAGCUCAUCACUCAGAGAGAGCUGGUGUCCCGGCAGGUCAGCGAGGACCUCACAGAAAGAGCCUCCACCUUCGGCCUCAUUCUGGAUGAUGUUUCACUGACACACUUGACCUUUGGAAAGGAAUUCACGGAGGCUGUUGAAAUGAAGCAGGUGGCUCAGCAGGAGGCGGAGAGGGCCCGCUUUGUUGUCGAAAAGGCAGAGCAACAGAAGCAGGCGUCCAUCAUCUCAGCAGAGGGAGACUCUCAGGCUGCCUUGCUCAUCGCCAACUCCCUGAUGGAGGCCGGCGACGGUCUGGUGGAGCUCCGUAAGCUGGAGGCCGCCGAGGACAUCGCCUUCCAGCUGUCGCGCUCCCGCAACGUCACCUACCUGCCCUCAGGACAGGGCACGUUGCUCCAGCUGCCCCAGUGAUAGCAUCACGUCGCCCCCCCACGUCUGCCCCCACUCUCGCUGUCACCAGCCGCCACACGGGCCGCGGAAGGGGUGGUUGGAGGAUGAAAUAACGGAUUCUCCCAACUUCACAGUACAUUCCUCCCACUCUUUCUCUAACCAACUCUGGACUGGGCUCUGCUGAUAGCAGCAUGGUGAGAGACAGAGUGAGAGGUCUGCGAUGGAUAACUCAUGAAGUCCACCCUUGUGUAAGGAAGUGAAGGGGUUAACUGCUCCAUCUGUGAUAAUAUAUAUACACACAAUAUAACUUGUUCUUUUGUUUUGAGAAGAAUGUCCAAAGCAGUAAAUUCUCUUAAGAUUCGUUGUUUCUGAGGAAUAAAGUAAUUUUUUGCAUCAAGGCAAACUGUAUGUGACUCCUUUUAAAAGAUAAGAUGAUAAAUUGUGAAUGACAAAUGCCAUUAUUGUUGUGCUGGAAAGUUGAUUAUUGUGCAUCUGCAGUAUAUUCAAAUCUGUCACGAAAAGCUUACCUGUCUCUUUAAGACAUAACUGACAAGCGAUGAUUCAUUCAUUUGACUUUAGUCUUUGUUUUCUGAAUGCUAAAGGAUUAAUGCGCUGGAAUAAAAAACUGCUUUCUAGCUAAUUAUUUCUUCAUGAGUAAUAUUGCCACCCGAUUGGAAUGUGCCUGUCGGACAGUAGAGGAUGAGCCUUCAUUCUUUACAGUUUUUGCCGUGGCUUUAGUUUGUGCGGAGGAAGUGUAAGCCCCAACGUUUCAGAAAUGGUUCAACUUAACAAUAAAAUUGUCUUUCUACCUCCCA